ACGGAGGUCACCACCGUUACGGUGGGAGAGACUCAGGCGGAUGUUACCACCGUUACGGAGGGAGAGACUCAGGCGGAGGUUACCACCGUUACGGAGGGAGAGACUCAGACGGAGGUUACCACCGUUGCGGUGGGAGAGACUCAGACGGAGGUUACCACCGUUACGGUGGGAGAAACUCAGACGGAG